UUUCUCUAGCGACUGGACCAACAUGUAUGGGUAAAAUGUUAUGAAUCCUCCGAUGACGGAACUAAGUUAUCAAGCUAUCCGCACAGCCAACCAGGCUCGGGAGGCGGAUGAGCUUAGGACUGAUAGCAGAAAAAAGAACUUGCUUAUUUUGGUCCUGAAUUACAUGCAUGAGGAAGGAUACCUGGAUUCUGCACAGAGUUUAGCCAAGGAGACAAACAUAGACCUGAGUAAAUAUGAGGUCUGUGACAACAUCGACCUGGAGACAAUCCUCAUGGAGUAUGAGUCUUACUACUAUGUCAAGUUUGCCAAGUAUCCAAAGAUCACCAAGAAACUCACUCAGAGUGGACAUCCAGCAGGUGAUGGACGAGGUCGGGCUCCACACAAGAUGACACGUACAAACAGAAACAAUAAAGACAGCAUUAGACGCAGAACCGAGUCGGGUCACUCUGGUAACAAAUCUGCAUCAACAACACCGUCCCUUCCCAGAAUCCCUCAGAAUGCCCGCCCACCAAGUCCUCCAACAUCUGGACGUCCGAAGUCGGGAGUAAAUCGCCAGAGAGCAGUACAGUCGUCUACAAGGCCGAGGGCAAACGGACAUGACAAGGCUGUUAAUGGAAUGGCGAAUGGAGACAUGGGCCUAGCUUUACAGGGCCUUACUGUCCAGGGCUCCAACAGUAACCCCGACAACAGGAUUGUCGAAGAACCUUCCAAAAAAGUGCGAGCACCGGGCCAAAUUAUAGACAUCAGGGCAAUGAUCAAUGAUGCUACCAGGCUGUCUGCUGAGGAGGGCACUGACCAAAACUCACAUAAGGACCGACUAUUGAAGCCUCUAGCAGGGUAUGUAGGUUACAACACGGAAUGGAGGGAACUGGCCCAGGUUAUAAGUAGGGAUAUUUACUCACAAGACCCCAAUGUAAAAUGGGAUGACAUUAUAGGUCUAGAUGAAGCUAAGCGAUUAUCAAAAGAAGCUGUAGUAUAUCCAAUUAAGUACCCACAAUUAUUCAAAGGAAUACUGUCUCCGUGGAAGGGACUUCUACUGUUUGGCCCUCCUGGGACAGGGAAAACAUUAUUAGCAAAGGCAAUAGCCACUGAGUGUAAGACAACAUUCUUCAACAUAUCUGCAUCUACUAUAGUCAGCAAAUGGAGGGGUGACUCAGAGAAACUAGUCAGGGUGCUAUUUGAAAUGGCUAGAUACUAUGCUCCCUCCACCAUAUUCCUGGAUGAGUUAGAAGCUAUAAUGAGCCAGAGAGGUUCUAGUGGUGGCGGAGGAGAACACGAGGGUAGCAGACGGAUGAAAACAGAACUACUGGUGCAAAUGGAUGGUCUGGCUAAGACAGAUGAUCUUGUUUUUUUACUAGCAGCCUCCAACUUACCAUGGGAGUUGGACCAGGCCAUGCUGCGGCGACUUGAGAAGAGGAUUAUUGUAGACCUGCCUACGUUCGAGGCCCGGAAGGCCAUGUUUAAGUAUUACCUACCACACAUAGUGUGCCCUAAGGAAGGCGGGCUAGAACUCCUGUCUCAUCUCGACUAUGAUAUGCUGGCAAAUAAAACAGAGAGCUACUCUGGCUCUGACCUGAGGUUGGUGUGUAAAGAGGCAGCAAUGAGGCCAGUUAGAAAAAUCUUUGAUGCUUUGGAGAAAAACGACAAAGAUGCAGACCAGCUCCAUUUCCGGUUAGACACAAUAACAACCUCUGAUGUGCUUAAGGCUAUAGAUCGGACUAAACCCUCUGCCUCCAAAUUAAAGGAGAAAUACAGUGCCUGGCAGAGAGAGUAUGAAUCUGUGUGAAAAUGGAACAUAGAGCAGAGAUGAUAAUGUUACUGAGAGCAGAUGUGUAAUCUGCGUGUCUGGUUACAGUCCAUCUUCAGCACUGUAUCACAACUAAUUCAAUGCAUAAAAUCUUGACAUUCCGUCCACCUAAUAUUUCACAGAAUGCACACAUCUUCUGACCACUCACUUGUCUAGAGCUCUUGGUGGCCAUACAAGGACACUUGUGAUUCCUGCUUCUGAGUCCACCUUCGAUAAUAUUUGAGGCUUACCUGUAAGUCUCACCUGUGAUUAUAGGUGAACAUUACCUGUGAGACUUCAUGUGAGGCUUAAUAUGCUAGUAAGGCUCAAGUGAUGCUUAUCUGUAAUACCUGUGAAGAUUACCUGUAAUACUUACCUGUGAGGAUUACCUGUGAGAUUUACGUGCGAGAGGUAAAUUGCUAGUAAAGCUUACCUGUGAAAUUAUCUGUAAUACUUACCUGUGAUGAUCAACAGUAAGACUUACCUGCAUAAUUUUCAGAAUUAUAUAUGCUAUUUAUCUGUUAUUAUUACUUGUCAACUUACCUGGCUGUAAGAUGUAUUGGAAAGACUUGUCUGUGAAUACCUGUUUGACUUACCUUAGUUUAAAGAAUUAACUGUACUGAUCUUUAAGGAAUACCUGUAAGAUGUAUCUCUAAGACAUGUCUGUGAUUACCUGUCUUACUUACCUUUAAGACUUACAAGUAAAUGGCACCUAUCUCUACUGACUUGUAGUUAUAGAACGGACUAAUGGAAAAAUACCACUUAACUUUUCUUAAGCGACUUCAAUUUUUUUGCAUAGAAUUUAAAUUAUUCAAAUUACAUUAUAAUUGGGAUUUCAUUAAAAAGUUACUUGAACAUUAAGGUGAUAACUACCAAUCCUUUACACUGUUGGGCACCUAUCAGGACCAAGACUGAUCGUGAUCAGAGCUUUGUCUGUCUGAAUCCAUCAAGGUUCAUGUAAUUUUCUUUUAGAACAACAUAUAUGUGUAGUUCUGGUAUCUGUUAUUAGUAAAGCAAUUGGCUAGGUGAAAUUUUUAAAUUCAGUCCCUGUAUAUUACACACUCUGUUAUACUUUUGUUCUAUUUUAAGCUCAAUGAUCAACAACCGGUAUAUCAGAGUACUCUUCAUCAGGUUUUUCCACCAAUUUCAUUUGUACAAAAAUAUCAACUGUGUAUGCCAUUAGCUGAUAAUGUAGAAAUGACUACACCCUUUAUCCCAUAUCUGUGUGAGGUUAGCAUUUGUGUAUAUAUACUAUGUAAAAAUAGUAACGUAUAUAUCUGUAGGCUGUGAUUUAAUUACGAUAAUCAUUAUCAUAAGUUGAAAUUACCCAGUAGUAUAAGGUAACACCUUAAUAUAUAGAUGGUGAAUAGUUCCCAAACCCAAAACUAGUCAGUAGUAAAAAAAAUAUCUCAACUUUAGGAACAUCUCAUUGAAACAAUGCUACUUGUAGUUUAAGACUUUUAAUCUCACUGAAAUGACAUUAUCUUGAAUCUUGAUUCAUCCAGACUUUCGCCGUUGUCAAAUAUUUGAUACAAGCGUAUGAUAUGUAAGCAUGUUUUGGUCAGUUUCCCUGUAGAUGGGAUACCUGACUAUUGGUACAUUGUGAUAGGUACAUUGUGAUAGGGAUGUUAUAGAGAAUUGCUGUAGCAUUGAUAUUUAUUGUGUUUGUUUACUUUGUUAUAACUGUACAGAAACUGCCUGAAAUUCCACUUUACAGUCCGUCCAGAAAUAUUAUAUUUCAAUAUCCGUCCACUUCAUUAUCUUAACUGUUACGAGUUUAUUUGUGAGUGUUUAAAUAUAGAUAUGGUUAUUACAGUAUAAUCAUCUUUGUUCACAAAACACUGUUAUAUCACGUGUUUAUAUCUUUGGCUGUGAUUAUAUCGCUGUCUACUGCUGGUACUUCUCUGAUAUAAUUACCAGUCCUUUAUCUCUCUACAUACUGUAUAACAUGAAAUAUUGAGUGUAUUUUGGUUGUCGAUUGAAGUCAUUUAGAUGUAAUUACGUGAUACAAAUUUGCAUGGAUAGAACCCCAUAUAAACAAACAGUAGUCAAGGAUAUCAAUCAAAUUUAUUGCACUUAUUUCCGUGGUUCCGUAGCAACAAUGAAAACCAUGAAUGUAUAUACAUAACAAACAUUUCAUGUUAUAGAGUAACUCGUGCAACUGAAUUAGAUUAUUAUAUAGGAUCUGAACAAUAACUCCGACGUUUUUCUUUGUAAAAUAGACAUCUUGACAUACUAGUAACAGGGGUUGGUGAUAUGUAAGAAGUUCAAAUAUAUGGUUAAGUUAAUUAAAAUUCAUUUCAUAAUGAAUCGUAGGAAUACCCCCUCACAGCAUUUUAUAAGUCAGUUGAGUUGUAUUCACAUGAUGUUCAUAAGUCUUAUUGCCUCAGCAGAGAUGUAACAUAAUCUGUGUGUAGUGUGCUAGUGACUUUAACAUUGGGGGAGGGCUGGUGACUUUUACCGGUGUGUGAUGAGUAUAAUAACAAGUUGUACAAGGACAGGUGAACUUGUAUAUUAACGUAAAGUUGACUCUGUGUUCGAUCUGUGCUUCAAUCUAUAAAAUUUGUAUAUCUCUAGCCCAAUCAUUUUGUAAAUUCACUUUAAUUAUUUUGUAUAGAUAGGAAAAUAAUCUUAAAUUAGAGUUAUCUUUUCUUUUCAACAAUCCCUUUGUUUUGAGUUAUUGACCUAUUUUACCUAUGUUUACUUGUAACGGUGUUCACCAGGUAUGGUCAUGGUCGAUACAUCAAUACUUUAAUACACAAAACAAUCAAUUUUGAUGUGGUACUUGUGGAGUGUAAGUAGUUCAUUCAUUCUUUAAAGCUACGACAUUUUUAAUCUGGUUAAGUAACCAUGCAUGGCAUUUACGUUUGUAUUUUUCAUUUAAGGAUGAUCGAUCUCCUGUACCGCUAAGGUUAACCAGCACACAUUGAACUUCCUCAUCCUCAGAUCUUCCUUUACUUUCAAAUCUCUAGAGGUUUUGCUUCCUUGCCUGUGUUUUUGUUCAAUAUAUAUUUUAUUUAUAUUAAAAACGCUCAAAAUGACACUGCUGUAUGAACAGUUUUCAUUAAGUUUGUGUUCCACCCUAGUACAGGUCAGUGAUGCUGAACAAACUCUGUCACUGCAUUUGCACAUUCAAAACCUCUAAAGAGGUAUUUGAAUUUCGUUUUAAAUUUGUGAUAAAAGUAAGAUACAUGCAUUUAUUAUGGGAUAGGUAUACAAUGUUUAUGAAGUUUUCAGGUAAUGAUUGGGUUAUAUUUAUCUCAUGGUGAAAUUUGAGGUAAAAUGUUUUUCUCAGACACAACUCAAUAAAAUGUUUUUUCACUGUAGCACAACUAUUAUGUAUCGGGGUAAUCUGCUUUUGAUACACCUACUGUAUAGUUAUAAUGAUGAAUUCUGAAAAAGGUAAGUGUAUCUUUAGCCAAAUGUAAAGGUAGCAUACAUUCUUGAAAAUGGAACACAGUCAUUAUAUAUAAACAAAAUAUUGUUUUGACAAUUAUCUGAUAUUUUUUAUACAUUUCUGGACCAUCCUCUCAAUGUGUGAGUUGAUAUCUCAACUAUUAGCUACAACUUCAAUUUCUGUAUCAACUUCUGCAGAUUCAAGAAUGUGAUUUUGAUCGGAAUGUCAUUGUUUCCUGUAGUAGUAUUAUAUUGCAAAUAUAUUGUGAUAGUUAUAUAUAUAAUGUGAUAGUUAGGGACAAUGUGUAAAAUAAUGUUAGUAAUUUAUUUUAUAUAUUUGUAGUAACUGUUAUACCCUGUGUUUGCGUUAUAGAUUGUUUAUUGUAUAUUAUUGUGUUGUUUAUUGUAUAUUAAUGUGUUUGAAUAUCUGUCUAACAGAUUAAGUUAUGUACUUUGAGGCAUUUAGAUCAACCACUGCUUUCUUGGACAGUGAGACUGACUGUGAUAGUGCACCAGGGGAAUAUUAUUGGAUGUUCCAUAUGCUGCAUCGGUAAAGACAGCUGCCAUUUUUGUGACAUACAUAUUUAAUCUAAACAUUUUGUUUUGUGGUGAAAGCACAGUUUCCUGACAGAGAACCUGUAUCCUACCACAGGAGUACUGAUUUAUCUGAAAAUACAACCACAAGGAUUUUAUGCUGUAUCAAUACAUAUACAAAAUGUACAUGUAUGCCAAUUAAUCUCUAUGAAUCAUAUAGGGUAUAAGGACAUACUGUAUACUGGGAAAUGUUUGUAACAAUGUAAUUCUGCCUUUUCUGCCCUGCAAUAAUGAUGGAUGUAUCAUUACAGCGAAGAUUAAUUAAAUCUGGGCAAAUAUGGAUUAUUCUGGCAAAGGGCAAUAGUUUGACUGGGCAAGAAUUUCCCAGUAUACAGUAUAAUUCUAAACUAUCAGAGGAUAGCAUAGGGAGUAUAUACUUGUAUGGUAUAAAUAUAUAGAUUUAGAAACUAUAAUAUAUAUAGAUACAACAUCAAAUUCCUGUGGUAUUGAUACAAUGUUCUAUUGGGAUACAAGUAGUGUUUUACCUGUAUGCAAGUACAUACAGUACUGUAAUUAGUUUCCCUCCCUUUAUAAGCACUGCUCCACAUUUUAGGCAGUUAUAGAAACGAUUGAAGCUCUUCCUUACCCAAACACCCUUCCUAGCUUCCAGUUAACAAACUACGGUACUAUGUACCAUUUAUAUCUGACACUACAGUCUUGCAAUCUGACAAGACUUUCCCAGUGUUUAAGAUAAGCAAACAGUUAAUGAAAUUCUUCUUGGGAAUGUAUCCAACAGUUAUGUUGCCUUCAGCAUCUGACAAAGAACCUAUCUUCUGUUAUCUUAAUAAACAUCCCCUCCAGCCAAGUUUUGGUCUACGUGUGUCAAAUACGUACGGUAAAACUACAGUUUUCUGUCAAGGGAGAUGAGUACAGUUUUGCCUAUUCACAAGCUUAUAUACAAGAGUUACUACACUUUUUUUUCUGUCAGGAGACGUAUUUCUUUAUAGGACUACUGUUAGCUGUUAGAUAUAACUAUAUAUAUGUACAUACAUGUACGUGGUGUGUGUCACUGAACGGUUAUACACUUGUCCUGAGGUGUACCGUUACCUGUUCUGAUGACGUUUGACGUCAAUGUUCCCAAUACAUCACUACGAAACCACACACUCAUUCUCAAUAAAUAGUCGCCGACAGUUAAAGAAUGUCUGUUUUAUUUAAAUGGAUACACUUUUUUGCUCUUUUAGUCUUUAUAUAUACUCUCCCCCCACAAUUUACCUACAAACGUCUUUCGGGACUUGGCACAUGGUUAUAAUGAAUUAAUCAUCAACCACAAACCACAGCUUCUGUUUUAGAUCAAUUUUACAACAAUAAACUUUUGUGUUAUAUUGAUAUACACGAUGUAUCUCACAUUCCAAUUUACAUUUCAUUAACUGAUUUACAAACUGGGAGUAAGAUAAACAAGCAUGUUUAUCAUUAUAAUGGAGAUGUUUGUGGUUCUGAAAAUAGAUGGAAGAAAAUCAAAUGUUUUAUGUUGAGUGUAAGUUUGGGAAGUGCUGCGGUACUGUGGUUGUGAAACUGAGAUUAAAAUAACUGUAUGGUACGAAACAGUAGAUUUUUGUCGGUGCAGUAAAGUAUGCUAACAUACUACAUAAUUGUACAGUAUUAAAUUUGUUCUAGGGUUGGGGACAAGGUUUAAAACAUACUACAAGGUACCUGUAACUGCCAAAAACGACAUAUUUUUAUGACAAUAGAAGCUUGGGCAUGAUGUGUAGUCGAUCGUUCUGUCCAAACUACAUCCUAGUUUCGAUUUAGCUCCAUGAAUAAUAGCAGACCAGUGGAGUCAUCAUACUGAAUAUGUGGGUACUUUGCAAGGAAUUAUACACAAAUAUGUCAAAUUCCGGUCACUGUAGCCAUUAUUCCCCUUCACCGAGUUUGGUUAGACUGUAUUUUGCUCCAUUUUCAAAGAUUUUCUUUUUAGUUAUAUGCAGCAAAGCACAUUUACGAUGAACCAAAAAAAGGCUGAAGAAACAGUGUUUACUGAAUCAAACUUUACUUCUGGUCGUUAAAAUCAAAUGCGUUCUUGUUUUACUGUUGGUUGCCAUGUCAGUGAAGCGACACUAGUAGUAAUACCAUUGUCUUUUGGGGGUAGGGCUAGUCUGUCGAUCAUUUUUCACUGAUCAAUGGUCUUUAUUUUGAAUUUCUCUAAUUGGGAGGGGCUUGACGUGUCAUAUUUCCGAUAUAUUUUAUGUUAAUUUCAAAUGCACAAAAUGGAGAAUGAAAUAUAUAAACAAAAUAAAAAUAAAAUCGAUG